GAGUCGACUCCCUCCGAGCGAGUCACUCGCUGCUCACGCGACUCGCUGCCAUAAGCGAUACAAGAUUCACGGGGGAAAGAUGGUUGCGAGCACCCGUGUGCAGAAGCUCCUCAGACGAUACAAACUCGCAAUCGCGACCGGUUUAACGAUCUUGUUGAUCCAGGGGCUGGUGGUAUGGAGCCUGCGGAGUCUGGAGGAGGGAGAGGCCGAGCGGCAACACAGGCGGUCAAAGUUGCCCGACCACAAUGGACAGGAGAAGAUGGACCCUGUGGCCGUUGAGAGGCAAAACGCCCUGUCUGGGGCGAACCACGGCCAGGCAAGGCAGCGCCAGGAUCAACCUGCCGUCACCACCAUCAUCAGAAGGGGGUCUAGAUGGAGAAACAAGCCCUCUUUGAAGGACAAGAGUCUUGGUGGGCCAAAAGUUGGAGUGGGGGUUGAAAAAGCCGCCCAUUAUGAUCCCUCAAGUAGUCGUAACUUCAGCGAGUCGCAGGCAGGGGAAAUGACAAAAAUCCAUCUAGUAGCACCAGGAGAACCUGGCAGCGUUGAGGGUGCUCCUCAAGUCCCAAGCAGUGACUUUGUACCCAAAUGUGAAAUCUCGGGCAAGGACGCCUUGUCUGCCCUCCACCGCGCUGGUUCGCGGCAGUGCAGACAGGAGAUCGCUAACAUCGUAUGCCAGCACCAAGAGGGCCAGCUCAUGCCUCAGUCUCUGCCUCAGUUUUGCCCACAGCAUGUGAUCUCCAGUGCCAUCCAGCAUACAGAUUUUGCCAACAUCGACCUCUCCAAGGUAGAAAACCCAGUAAGGGUGGUUUUUAUGCUGGUGGUUCAUGGGCGAGCAGUCCGACAGUUGAAACGUCUCCUCAAAGCCAUCUAUCACAAAGACCACUUUUAUUACAUCCAUGUGGACAAGCGUUCAAACUACAUGCACCGGGAGGUGCUGCAGAUAGCAGAGCUCUACCCCAACGUGAGAGCUACCCCCUGGCGCAUGGUCACCAUCUGGGGCGGGGCCAGUCUGCUGAAGGCCUACCUGCGCAGCAUGCAUGACCUGCUGUCCAUGUUGGACUGGAAUUGGGACUUCUUCAUCAACCUCAGUGCCACAGACUUCCCUACCAGGACCAACAAUGAACUUGUGGCUUUUCUGUCCCAGAACCGUGACAAGAACUUCCUAAAGUCUCACGGCAGAGAGAACGCAAGGUUCAUUAAGAAGCAGGGUUUGGACCGCCUGUUCCACGAAUGUGACAACCACAUGUGGCGUCUGGGCGAGCGCACCAUCCCUGAGGGGCUGGAGGUGUCAGGAGGCUCGGACUGGUUCUCCCUCACGCACAAGUUUGUGGAGUAUGUGGUAAACUCACAAGACGAGCUAGUGACGGGGCUCAAGCUGUUUUACACCUACGCUCUUCUGCCUGCUGAGUCUUUCUUUCACACGGUGCUGGGAAACAGUCACAUGUGCGAUACUUUGGUCGACAAUAAUCUGCGUGUGACCAACUGGAACAGAAAGUUGGGCUGCAAGUGCCAAUAUAAGCACAUAGUGGACUGGUGCGGCUGUUCACCAAAUGACUUCAAACCCUCAGACCUCAUCAGAAUACAGCAACUAACACGGCCUACGUUCUUCGCCCGUAAGUUCGAGUCCACUGUGAACCAGGAGGCUAUUGAGAUCCUGGACAACCAUCUGUAUGGCCAGUACCCUCCGGGCACAGUGGCACUGAAAGCGUACUGGGAGAGCCUGUUCGAGCAGGCUGAUGGGGUCUCGUCCCUCAAUGAUGUGGCCCUCACGGCGUACUCCUCCUUCUUUAGACUUGGCCUCCAUAAGCAGGAGACCACUCAAAGCAGUUCUGAGACCUGCAGGUUUGAACCUAUUGGCUUCCCUGUCUCGGUGCACCUGUAUUUUUAUGAUGACCGUUUCCAGGGUUAUCUGGUCAGGCAGGAGGUGCAGAAUAUGGUGACCAGGUCCCGUGAGAUGCUGGAGGUGUGGGCUGUUCCUCAAGCAACACUGCAGCUGGAACACAACCUUCAUGAGUUUGAGCGCCUCAAACACCUUGAGGUUGGAACUGAGUGGGACCCAAAGGAGCGAAUCUUCCGUAACUUCGGCGGAGUGAUGGGACCUCUGGAUGAGCCGGUGGCAGUUCAGAAGUGGGCUCGUGGACCCAACCUGACAGCCACCAUAGUGUGGAUUGACCCAGCACUCAUAGUAGCAGCCUCCUAUGACAUCAGCAUAGACGUUGAGGCAGAGUUUACGCAAUACAAGCCACCCCUUCAGCGCCCCCUCAGGCCUGGAGUUUGGACGGUGCGUGUGCUGCGGUUGUGGCAGCGUGUAGCAGAAGCUCGAUUUCUGGUCAUGCCUCUGGCCUUCAAGGGACGUGAGCCCCUGCGCACAGAAGACCACGGCUGGGUGCACGCGGGUCCUCCAGGUAACGUGUAUUUGGAGCAAAGCUUCCAGCAGCUCGCCCAAGUGUUGAAGCUGCCACCCAGCGAGCCUGCCCUGCAGGAGGCGCAGAAGAAGACCUCUCUGGUGGGGAAGCCACUGGAGGCCUGGGUGGACAGCUCUGUGGGGGCUUUCUGGGUCACGGGAGACAUUUGCUCAGAGCAGACCUCCUCCUGUCACAUCAUAGGACUCUGCACCAAGACCUCUUGGAGUUCCUUGUCCCCUGACCCCAAAUCAGAACUGGGGCCAGUCAAAAAAGACGGUCGCAUUAGGUAGCCUUGCAAGCUCAAACAAAUGGAGCAGCGAAGGCUCUGAAGAACAGUCCACAAGAGUGAUGUUUACGUCGUGGUCUUUCAGACCAUCCCAUUACUAAAUCAAGGCACCUUCUUUUUGAAGACAGGAAAUGGUUGAGGGUGAAUCUACCAGAGAAAACGUUUAAAUUUGCACAAGAAGACUGCCAGACAUGGACAUACAAGUCUUGCUUUUAUAAAUUUAAUGUUCAGAUGUCAUGUAAAUACUUUGUUACGAGGUUCAGAGUCUUAUUAGCACAUAGUUUACAGUGUGGGUCUGUGAUACAAAGACCCAAAUCUCAACGAUUUUACACUUUUAGUCUUUGUUAUGAGAAAAAAAAACUGCACAUUAUUUUCCUCGGUAAAACAGUGGCCAAAAUUGGUAUUUGAAGCUGUUGGAGGAUAGUCGCUGGAGUCCUCUGGCUGUAUCGCUAUGCUUAUUUUGAAGCAUUAAUAUCAAAACUUCAGAAGCAGAUUGAAGAAGUGCACUUUACUGUAAAACGAAGCUCCCUUCUGAUUGGCUGAGUCUCCACAGAGGAGGCGGAGCUUGUAGAAUCAUCACUAUUUCUGCCAGCGGAUUGACACAUUCGUUCACUUUACGAGUUUCAGCGCUGCAUGGAAUCAUCGUACACGGCAAAAAAAACAAACACUAAUGAAAGCCAUUUGUCAGGAAACAGGAAUCUGGGUUUUUUAAUACUGUGACUUUUUGUUUUCACGAUGAAUGUCUUUUGAGUUGGAAAAACACCUUAUCUGGAGGACCUUCUUUCGUCCAUUCCUGCAAAGUUUUAUCAGCCGCACAAAUCGGAAAGUACGAAAAAACCUGUACGUGAUCCAACUGAAGAUCAGUCCAUGAUCUGUAGCUCAUACAUAUACCGCGUAAAAGUAUGUCAUGCUUAAUACUGGUCUUCCACCAGUUUGUUUUUAACUACAAUUAAGUUUUACACUCUUUGUUGAAGUUAACUUUUGUCUUCUGUGGAACAACAACAACAAAAAAGACCGUGCGUGUAAUGGUCACAUCAUUGAAUGAAUGAAACGGACUCAUGUGCUGUAUUUCAGGUCUUGAGAAAUCUCCCCCUCCCUCCGUUUCUACAAAAUCACAUUUAUGAUUGUUUUGAAAGCUAAAUUUUUUAUGUUAAGUUACGAGAAAAGGAAAAACUAGUGGUAUUUGGUUAUUUAUUUUUUAAUGCACAAUUCUAAAAAAUCGAAUGCUUCCAAUCGGCGUUGAGUUUAUGCACUUAUCAUGUGUUAUCACAGAGGUUUGCAAAAUUUUUAGCAAAAUAGUUGGAUAGAAACCCAGCAGCCAUUGUCAAAAUUGAAGCAUUGCUUCUUGGUGCACAGAUCUAAGAUUUCAGAGUUAGGAUGGAGGGGAAGAUUUUCAGUCAGUAACUCGGUUCAACCAAUAAUGAAAACCACUGCUGUCACUUACAGUAGAUUACUUUUAUGAAGCCUUUACCUUUUUGAAGCUUGAAAGUGUUGGUUGGAUGGAAUUCAAUGGAGGUUUAAUAAAAAAUAUCUUAAUUUGUCUUUCAAAGAAAGAAAGUAAUACAAAUGUGGGAUGAUGUAAGUGAUUUUUCAGUUUUAAUUGAGCUCUGUUCCUCUCACAAAGCUUCAGAGGUUGAAAAUGUAGUGCUUGAUUCAUAUAGAUCUGAGGUAUUUGGGGUGUUUUUGUGCUUUUUAGAGCCUGACAGCGUCGGGAUUUUAAACCUCAGCUUAUACAGUCUGCUUCAUUUUUGUGUUCAACUGAAACUUAAAUUCAAAGUACAGUUCAGAUUGGAAAAGCUCUCCAUUUUAAUGUGUCAUAGCAGGUUGUUACUGUUUUUAACCACCCACAUUUGUCCAUUUAUGUAUGACGUUUUGCUUUCUUGCCUUUCAAUGAAAACGCUAAGAAACAUAUGUUCCAACAAAUGUCUUGUGCAACAUGCUGCUUUUAUUUGGCAAAUACAAUGCUUCUUUUAUAGUAGAUUUUAAGUUCCCAGAGUUUAAAAGGGGAUGCUUCAGGUUUUGAUUUACUGAUCAGUAAUACAGUUGUUCUGUGUUUUAGGUUUAAAGUGUCCUUUUUCUCUUCAUGUACUUGCUUCGGUGAAGCUUUUGUAGUAUUUAAAGGAAACUGAAAUUAGGAUGAAUUGAAUGAAUGAAUGCUAUUUUUGUAUUUAAAUUCCAAUUUUAGUCUCACCGGGUCUCCACCAGUCUUAAUCUGAAAGUUUGAGCCUUUUGUAGAGCCGACGGACAGCAACAGAUGACACAUGAUGGCACAAUAAAGAUGUGAAAUAA